AUAGAUAAAAUUGGGAGUGAGUGAAUAAAUGAGUGAAUGAAUUCCGUGCGAAGGUGCAACUCUGAGCAUCGCUGCGUGUGGAGAUGAGGCAGCGCCACGCCAGAUAGAUGGUCGGCGGAGCCGCUUCGGCGAGACAUGAACGCUCAGCUGUCGAUGGAGAACCUGGGCGAGUUACAGGGGGUGCCCCAUGACCAGUCGGUGCCAGCGGGAGAGUUGAUGAGCAGCCCGAGCCCCCACAGCCGGCCGCUCGGCCACCGCGGCUUGCCUCCGUCCGCCCGCUCGCUGGUCUCCAGUAUGGCUUCGAUCCUGGACGGAGAUUACCACCGGGGCUCGGAGCACGGCCUGGCCGCCGCUCUGCACCCGACCAUGACCAUGGCUUGCGAGACCUCGCCGCCCGGCAUGAGCAUGAGCAGCACUUACACCACGCUGACCCCUCUGCAGCCGCUGCCUCCUAUCUCCACCGUCUCGGACAAGUUCCCCCACCACCAUCAUCACCACCAUCACCAUCACCAUCACCACCAGCAGCAGCAGCACCAACACCAACACCAACAGCAGCAACAGCAGAGGCUGCCCAGUAACCUCAGCGGCAGCUUCACCCUGAUGCGGGACGACCGCGGCUUGUCCACCCUCAACAGCCUCUACAGCCACUACCACAAAGAGAUGCCAGGCCCCAGCAUCUCGCCCCUGACCAACGGCCUGGGCACCUUGCACAGCAGCCAGCACGGCCUGGCACCGUACGCCCACAGCGGGGCCCUGGGCACCGACAAGCUGCUGGCCACCCCGAACGGCUUCGAGGCCGCUCCGCCCGCCAUGCUAGCCCGCGGCGAGCAGCACCUGAGCCCCCCGGGCGUGGGCAUGGUGCCCCUCAACGGCCUGCACCCUCACCCUCACCCCCACCCUCACCCUCCUCACGUCCACCCGCACGCCCAGGGCGCCGGGCAGCAGGGGCUGGGCACCGGGCGCCUGGCGGAGCAGGGCUCGGCGGGUGGCACCGGCGGCCCCCCGGCCUCUCAGAGCUCGCAGCUGGAGGAGAUCAACACCAAGGAGAUCGCGCAGAGGAUCACCACCGAGCUCAAGCGCUACAGCAUCCCACAGGCGAUCUUCGCGCAGAGGGUGCUGUGCCGCUCACAGGGCACCCUGUCAGACCUGCUGAGAAACCCGAAACCCUGGAGUAAACUCAAAUCCGGGCGCGAAACCUUCCGGCGCAUGUGGAAGUGGCUGCAGGAGCCGGAAUUCCAGCGGAUGUCGGCUCUGAGGUUAGCAGCCUGCAAGAGAAAAGAGCAGGAGCACGGAAAAGAGCGGGGCGCUGCGCCCAAAAAGCCUCGGCUGGUCUUCACAGACGUUCAGCGCAGAACUCUACACGCAAUAUUCAAGGAAAACAAGCGUCCGUCCAAAGAAUUGCAAAUAACCAUUUCCCAGCAACUGGGCUUGGAGCUGAGCACCGUCAGCAACUUCUUUAUGAACGCACGUCGGAGGAGUUUGGAUAAGUGGCAGGAUGACGGCAGCACCAACUCAGUCAACUCAUCUUCCUCAUCGAGCACUUGUACCAAAGCAUGAAGGAGACCCCGGACUAAACCUCGGUGGAAUAGCUUUAAAAUAAUUGACCAGGACCUCCAGAUAGCAGGUUUAAUUAUCGAACUCAAAGACAAUAUAAUAUUUAUAUGUCCAACGAAACCAAAGACUUAAUUGACCUGCAUUAGGACUCCGUUCUGCAACACUUUAUUAUGACUUUUGCAAAAAAAAAACAAAGCCGCUGGUCGUACACCUUCUGCAUCAUUCAACGUGUGUGACUGUAAGUUGUUGGGAGCAUCGUCAUGUUGUUAUGAAAAGAACGUUACUCCAACCAUUGACCCAUUUCAUUUCAGCGGAAAUACCAUGAAGGUGUAUGUUGUUAAGAGUACAGUGUACGUGUCAGUGGCCAGAGACUUCAAAUGGGGCUGGUCUGCAGGUUGUGCUCAGGCAUAACGCUACAAUUGUGGAGUCGUCUGUGUUCAUUUUGGAAUGUGAUUGGAUUCAAGCUCUUUUGCUGUUUGAACACGGAAGCUCCGAUUUUGGGGGCAUACUGUUCAACGCUCUGAGAGCUGUUCUGUCACCUCACACUAGUGCAUCUUCCUUGUUCCAUGGGCGAAGCAAAUGCAACAGCUCAAGGCCAAAAAAAAAAUGUUUUAACACUAAACUCAGUGUCAUAGAAGUGAGUUAUGUUGGAUAACAAAGACCAGGGUAAAUGACAGCGAGAUUUCGCAAGAAGCACAAGUAUUAAUUUUAUUGGGAAUCUACAAAGAAAUCUACCAUUUCGUUUUAUUUUCUAUUCGAAUGUAUUUUGCACACACUAAAUUAAUGAUGUCGCAUUGCAUUUCAAACAGUCUUUUAAAAGUAUAAAUCAAAAACCUGACAGGAAUGUAAGGAUCACUUCACUUAGGAAUCAUUGUACCCCUGUUCCUUGUUAUCCAAUUCGCUAGACAGAAAAGGAAACGUGUUUAAGAAGGGUGUGAUUUUCGAAUUGACUCUCUAUUGUCAAACACGUUAAUGGACAUGAAUACUCCACUGACCACACUAUUACAACACAUUAAUUGAUACAAUCACAGGUCUUUUUUUCUGAUAUAUCUACCACGUAUGUUCUGAUCCAAAUUCGGAAGCAACAAUUAUAUCAAAUUCGCCUAAAUUUGAAUCUAUAUGAAAGUAUUCAAUUUAAGAUCAAGAUGUGGCUGCUGUUAUUCAUUUUGCUGCGUGUCUGUCCGGGGCCAAGACCCUUAAUUCCCGCCUGAUAAACCAAUAGGUAACUCCAAUGUUUCUAGGGGGAAAAAGUCAACCAGAAAAACGAAGCGCAAUUCUAAAAUUAGGAUAAAAGAAACUUACAUAUUCAAAAGAAACUGGAUUGUUGGAGAAGAUAGCAAGUAGCACAGGAAAUGUAACUUCUUAUUAAAUGCACACACCCUCCCCCAUUCCCCAUCUUAUCAACCAAUCGAUUACACAUCACUGUCCUGCAUGGAUCUGGGAAGUAUAACACAGGGAAGUCUGUACAAUGAAAGAACCGUUUUUUUUAAAAUCCAAUUUCCUUUCCCCCCAAAGGUAACAGCAAAGCUAUCGAACAGUCUUGAUGCGCCAAUUAAAAUGGAGGCACUUUACUGGUCAAAUACUGCGAACGUUUAACUGUUGUUUUGUGAUUCAGGUUAGUUUUCCAAAGUGAAACAGCACAGAGAUCAAACUCUGUGGCGUACAGGUCUGGGAUGCUGAACAAGAUAGUUUCAGGUUGCAAGUCAAGGUGUACCUUGACAAAAUGCAACUGUUCAGUCACCCGGUUGCAGUUACCUAUCACCCUUUGUGCUUUAAAAAAUCAUAUAUAGACUCUGCUAAAAACCAAAGAUAACUUUUUUAUUCAGGAACAUUGCACUUGUGUUACAAGUCGGCGAGCUACAGUGGAAAGGCAGCCAUUUUGUACCCCAGCCAAUUAUUUUCGUAUCCACCUUCAGGAUACUCUCGUUAUGAACUCGCUCUGCCUUCAACUGAACAGGGCCAUGGGUGCAAACUUUAGCUUUCAUGGGGGCGUAUGGCGUGACACACCAAUAGUAACAUGUUGAUUAUAAACGGGAUGGACGAAAUUAUUUAAACACCUGCACAAACAGUUCGAAGCAGGUUCGCCCAGGGACACUUGGCAACUCAAUCUCAGGUCGAGAAGAGCAUGGUUUGAUUUGCCUUAACAAGCCUGCCGCUGUUGUUAAUGUUAUAGCGCGGCCCUUUCAUUGGCAUGGCAUUUAUUACAGCUUGUCAAAAUAAAUGACAUCUGUCUUGCAUAAAUGACAGGGAUUGACUCUCGUCAACAAUGGUGACUGUGGUCACUUCAAGUUAAAGAAUCAAGAGUAAGUUCAACCAUUUGCUUACCUCAAGCUUAACACGCAAACGAAACCCCAAAGUACAAGCUCACCUUCAACAUUAGUUUGUUUCACAAACACCAAUUCUAAAAACUAAUGGGGAUUAGAAAAUGUAUAUUCCAAAGAAUCAAGAACGAACUGGAUAUAAUUGAAGUGAUCAACUGGGUGGGGAGGAGGUGGAGCACAACUAGUGGCCUAAAGGAAAUAUUAUAAUUGGUGCAUUGAAAGAAAUGCCCCUCUCUCUCAUUGUCAGAAGGGAAAGAAUCAUAAUGUUUUUACAUGUUUUAAUUACUGCCACUUAGUCUGAAAUCAUACCGUUUGACCGUGUUCAGCAGGCGUCCCUGUAUUGAAAAAAAAUAUGAAAGCAUAUUUCAUUUUUGAAAGACUGAGAUUAGCACCGUUAGGAAAUAUAUAGGAAUUCCCAGGUAGUUUUAGUGUUAUUUUGUGUACCUGAUUAAUCUCCCCAUCCUCAUUCCCGGAACAUUAAGGGAUAAUUGAGUGUAAAUUUCCUCGAUUUCAUACAAUUCUCUGGAGUGACAUUUUCCACUGUUAACUUCGUUCAAGUCUUUUAGUUUUUUUUCAAAAAAAUCUUCUUGGCCCAUACGCCCCACCCCAACUUUCCCUUCUACAGCCACCAAAGGAAACUGUGUAAAGUUUUAACAAUAAGAGAAAGAAACAGCCCCCGGAACAAGGAGAAUGUACUAGUGAUUUUUCAAAGGUGACAUUUAGCCAGGUGCGUUCAUACGCAGGAGGCCAUUGCGAUGGAUAAUAAUUCGGAUUUUAACAAUAUUCUGGCCUUGUGUUUUCUUGUGGUGUGGUUAGCUUUAAGAUACAUUUGGUAAUCAUUUACUAGUAUUAAGACAAAGAAGCAAAGGUAAAAUAGCUGCUUCCACGUGUAAAAAUGUGUAAAGAUCUACUAUUUAUAGUGUGAACCAAAGACGCUACCUCACUCGAUUCCCAUUCGUGAUUUUAAUCACAGUGAUGAUACCAAAGAAUACCAAAGAUUUUUCUUGCACGGCCUUCGUGAGUGGGUUACUCGGCGUUCCUUAAACCCUCAACUGUCACUCAGUGUGAAGUUUUCUUCAUUUAAAAAAAAAGCUAUAGGCAAACAUAUUGCAAAACUUGUAAAAUCAUAGGACGAGUGCCUUGCUUAAACCAAAGUGUGAAACCGCUGUUGACCUCUUCUCACCUUACUCUUGAAUACCUCAGCCUCUCGAAAGGCCACUAUUAAAAAAAAAUGGAAUAACUCUUCACCGUGGUGCUUUGCAGUGCAACCAUGCAAUGAAACUUUCUUUGAUACCAAAGGAUAUUUCCACUUUUUUGCUGACAACCAAAGCUCUUUUUUGCGUCCUGGAGUAUUCACACAACGCAGGCCGUGCAUUCUUUACCAAUUUCUCAAGAUACCUCAUAGUAAUGAAUCUUUAGGGUUAUGUUGUAUAGAGAGUCUAUGUGAUAAGGCAGAACUUAAUAGUUUGAUAAUUGUUAACGUUACUUCAAAGCUUUAUAAUUAUUUAUUUUGUAGAUUUGGCAGAACUCUGAUGCGCUCGAGGAAGAAGUAUUUUGAAGAUUGAGGGGGGGGGGGGGGGUUGUAUAAGGUUGGUAGCAGUGGUUGUGGGAGGAAACCUGACUUUUCUUUUGAAAUUAAACUGGGCCUUUGUGUUAAAUUAAAAGUAGUCUUUUUACAGUGUAAGCCAUCCUCUGCUAUGGUGUGUGUCAGUAUUCCUUGCAAGAAAAAAAAUGGUUCAUGUGUUGUGAUUUUCUUUUGAUCAGUCUGAUGUAGAGUUUCUCGAAUCUUGUAUUCAUUUAUGCAACUGUAUCUGUUGAAAUGAUGUAUCUGGUAGUAGGUUUCUAAAACAACCAAAGCUUUCUGAUACAAUCUGCAGGCAAAGAGUUCUGUUGUCAUGUUGAGAUAACUGCUGAUGAAGAAGAAAUGCUGUAUGACUGCAGAGCCUAACAUCUUCCCGAGAUCUCUUUAGCAGUCACUUCGUGUGUUUCAAACACUGUCAGAUGCCAAACAAAUUAACAUGCCAAAAGAAAAACAACUUCAUCACUUAGAAGGCUCGUAAACUAUAUUUAAAGUCUCUUUUUUUUGUUGUUUCUUUAUUAAAAAAAAUAUAUAUGCCAAGGAAGGGUGUUUUUCGAGAAUAAAAUACGUCCAAAGAAUUUUAAAUCUGUUUAACGUUUUAAAACGCAGGAGUUUGUGAACCGUUACCUUUAUAAAUUUGGCAUUCGCACGGGCAUAGGAAGUAGAGGGCGUGUAAACUGUACAGACAAACUAACUUGAUGAUGGAAACUCUCUCCACGUCAUGUUCAUGCUGCUGCUGGAGGGAAGUAUGGUGAACGAAGGUGAUUCACAGCGGACUAUAAACUUCGAAAUCUCCUGGGGUGGGUGGUGGGAGGUGGUGGGGAGUGGGUCCCUGAACUGUUGUUAAAUGCUUGUAGGGCGAGCAUUGUUCGUACAUCGCCGACCCAGUCCACAUGAAAAGGGUAAUAUCCGACCUUAGUGGUAAUUCUAUUUUUAGUUCAGUUUUUUUUGACAGCGUGGUUUAUAUAUUUGUAAUAAAUAUUUAUUUGAUGCACUUAUCAGCAAUUUUAAAUGUGUAUUUGCAUGUUUCUUAUUACUUCCUCCCCACCCCUCAGCAGUCCUCAAUUUUCGGAAGCAAGCUGUAUAACUAGCACAUACUUUAGACAAAGGCCAGCCUUUCUUCCCUGGUUAAUGUGCAAACAUUUGUGGUGCCAUGAUCCCGUUCCUCUCUGUGAGACAGAAAUCCGGGUUCAAAUCUCACUUCAACAAAACCAAGAACUGCGGAUGCUGGAAAUCUGAAACGAAAAUUUAAAAAGUG